UCGUAUUCCCGGGAAGAGGAAGAAAAAGAAAGGAGGAAACAGAUUGGCAGAGAUCGAAGCAGAGGAAGGCAGUAUGACGAUUAUAAAGAUAGCAGAGAUCGCAGUCACAGAGAUCAGGAUGGCAAACGUUCAGACAGAGGUUGGAAGAGAAAGGACCGCGACCAUGAUUUGAAAGAUCUACCUGAUGUUCCUGAAGUCGGAAAUAUCUACAGUGGCAGAGUAAUAAGCAUACAGUCGUUUGGAGCGUUUAUCCAGGUAUGCAUUACGUGA